AUGGCAGCGUCCCGCGGGGCUGACGGGCCGCCGGCGCGGGGAGAUACAGAGUGUAUUUUGGAGCCUCUGUCUCUGCCAGAAAGUCCAAGUGGUGGUGCUGCUGUAGAAAGUUCUCCCUAUGUGCCUUGUAUUUUCUGCAAAGAAUGCUAUGUCUUAGCAGAACAAAACCAGCUCCUGAAGCACAUGAUUAUUGAACACAAGCUCGUCAUAGCAGAUGUGAAACUGGUUGCAGAUUUUAGAAGUUACAUCUUGUACUGGAAGAAAAGGUUUGCAGAACAGCCCAUCACAGACUUUUGUAGUGUGAUAAGAACAAAUUCAGAAGCUCCAUUAGAAGAACAGGACAAUUAUUUUCUUCUAUGUGAUGCUUUACCAGAAGACAGAUUACUUAGAGAACAGCUUCAGCAAAAGAGACUGAAAGAAAUACUAGAACAGCAACACCGAGAGAGAUACGACAUAACUUUUCAUAGUAUGUGUAUGUUCUGUGAUCAAGAAUUCACAGGAAACAGAUCUGUCCUUCUCAAUCAUAUGGCAAGAGAGCAUGCUUUUAACAUUGGGCUGCCAGAUAACAUUGUGAAUUGCUAUGAGUUUUUGGCAGUAUUACAGGAGAAGCUCGACAAUUUGCAGUGUUUAUACUGUGAAAAAGUCUUCAGAGACAAAAACACACUUAAAGAUCACAUGAGAAAGAAGCAGCAUCGCAGAAUCAAUGCCAAAAACAAAGAAUAUGACAAAUUUUAUAUCAUUAAUUACUUGGAAUUUGGAAAGUCCUGGGAGGAAGUGCAGUCAGAGGACGAUCGGGAAUUACUAGAUAACCUAGAAGAAGACUGGUCUGACUGGGAAGAGCAUCCUGUGUGUGCAGUUUGCCUGUUCUGUGAACAACAAGCAGACACCACAGAAAAACUGUAUCUUCACAUGCAGAAAUCACAUGGAUUUGACUUUCCUAAAAUAAAGUCAGAGCAUGGUCUGAACUUCUAUCAGCAAGUAAAGCUAGUGAACUUCAUCAGAAGAGAAAUCCAUCAUUGUCGUUGUUACAACUGCCAGGAGAAAUUUCAGUCUAAAGGAGGAUUGAUAAGUCAUAUGGAAGAGACCAAACACAUUACAUUCCUGCCAGCCAAGUCUACAUGGGAUCAGCCACAGUAUUAUUUUCCUACCUAUGAAAAUGAUACACUCCUGUGUACGCUGUCAGACAGUGAAGAUCUGAUAACUGAGGAUCAAAGUGAAGAUGUCCCUGUUGUAAGCGAAGAUAUAUCCAAUCUAAAAGCUCUCAAACAAAGCAGUGUUUUAAACCAGCUCCUGUAUGAAGAGAACAAGAGUCAGGAGAACUUUUGACCUUGAAUUACAGUUGCUGACCUUUGCAUGUUUUUUCUGCAAGACAAAAAAAAAUACAUUCUUUCACUAAUACUGGAAUACAGUUUAACUCUUAAAUGUUAUCACUGGGCAAAUAUUAUAUGAAAGUGAAUGCUAAAUAAAAUUUAAGUGUAAACUU